AUACGGCCGUUGGGUAACAAGGCGUGUGGCUGUCAUCACAAUAGCUGCCAUUUGGCUGCUGGCCGCAUUCGUUUCAUUUGUACCCAUCUCAUUGGGAUUACAUCGGCCCGAUCAACCGUUAAUUGUAGAGGAUAAUGGAAAGAAAUAUCCAACCUGUGCACUGGAUCUGACGCCCACAUACGCAGUCGUGUCGAGCUGUAUCAGUUUUUAUUUUCCAUGUGUGGUGAUGAUUGGCAUCUACUGUCGCCUCUACUGUUAUGCCCAGAAGCACGUAAAAUCGAUUAAAGCCGUUACCCGGCCAGGUGAGGUGGCCGAAAAGCAACGUUACAAAAGUAUACGACGAACCAAACCACCAGAGAAGAAAAAAUUCAAAGUCCGCAAUCUAAAUCAUAGCUCACCCUAUCAUGUUUCGGAUCACAAGGCAGCCGUUACAGUGGGCGUGAUAAUGGGUGUGUUCCUUAUAUGUUGGGUGCCGUUCUUUUGUGUGAACAUUGUGGCCGCAUUCUGUAAAACCUGUAUAGGCGGUCAAACCUUUAAAAUACUCUCAUGGCUGGGUUACUCCAAUUCGGCCUUUAAUCCCAUCAUCUAUUCCAUAUUCAACAAAGAGUUUCGUGAUGCAUUCAAGCGAAUUUUGACAACACGAAAUCCGUGGUGUUGCAAUCAGGACAUCGGCAAUAUACAUCCACGUAACAGUGAUCGUUUUGUUACGGAUUAUGCGGCAAAACAUGUUGUCGCCAUGCAUUCGGGCCGUUCGUCGGCGGAAUUGGAACAGGUAUCUGCAAUAUGACCAAAACGCAAUAGCAGCAAUACCAGUCACGAGUAUGGCACAACAUUGGCAUGUUGCGUAUCGCGAGCAUCGGAUGCUGCGUCGCUGACCAUAACACCAUAUGGACCCUGAGAUUCGGUGACAGUGGCAUCUGCAACAAUUGUGGUAGAGUCACUGGAUGGCAGUAAUAAAUAUGGUGAUAAUAAACAAAUGGAAACAGUAUUGGUUUAAAAAAA